GCCUUGCGUGAGAAUGAGUCAGCUCUCGGCCUCGUUCCAGGGCGCAGUGAUCGAAAAAGCUUCCCACUUCGACUAUGAAUUCUUCCUCGGGCAUAAGAUCAUAUUCGUUUGUGUCGCACGGGGACUACCGCGACCCAAAAUCACGUGGUUCAAAGACGGCGUCGAGCUCUUGGGACAUCCGUAUUCGCAGAUUUCCGAAUGGCAACAACAAGAGAACCGCAUAAAGUCGAAACUCGAGAUCGAUCCCGCCCGCCAAAUGGACUCGGGAAAUUACGAGUGUCAGGCAGACAACAAGUACGCCAUUGAUCAGAGAUCAUUCCGAGCGGACUUCUCAUCUCUACCGAGUUGAAAUCGCAGCGCUGACCGUGAUACUCCCGUCUGGAGCAUUCUUCAAGCUUCAGUACCGACUUUCAAUAAAGAGUUGAUU